AAAUAAUUAAGUAUAAAUCUGGAAUAGACUGUUCCAGCACAGCUGUUAUAUUAAAAAAUAUGCCCUGUGUGGUUUUCAUAGCAUUUCCCACUGAAAGGUCCUGUUUACAAUUGUAACCAUUUGGGCCGAGAUGUUCCAUACUGGGUAUCUGGCUCAGAAUGAAUUUCUUUUUGAAAAUUUCAGCCAUAACUGUUCAUCUAUUUCCAAGAAGAAACUAGAAAAAAAUAUAUAUUUUGUCCAUGUGAUAGAACUCUGGUGCCCUAGUACCCCCCAUGCUUUGGAAUAGGGACUUGAAAUUUGGCAGGGGUUAGCCUUUACAUCAGGAAUGUCUUUUGAUGUCCCCCUGAAAAUCCACCCAAAUUUGAUCAUGCUAUAAGCCUUUGAAAAAUUGCAGCAUGGCUAGUAGAGAGAUCUUACAUUUUAGCAGCUAAAUUCCCUGAAGAUUGUGUCCACACAGGGCAUCCUCCAGCCAGGGCCUGAAUAGGAUUUUCCCUGCAGUUACAGAUCUGGGCUGCUGUGGGCCAUGUCUGGGCACUGGAACUAAAAGCAAGAAAUCGAUCUCCUGCCCAGACAGUGAGCAGGAGGAAUCUAUCUGAUGCAAACAUAAAAACACAGUUUUGUCUGUAAUCUAGCGAAUAUGUCUGGUCGUGGUAAGGGUCUCGGGAAAGGAGGCGCUAAGCGCCAUAGGAAGGUGUUGAGAGAUAACAUCCAGGGCAUUACGAAACCAGCUAUUCGCCGUUUGGCUCGUCGUGGGGGAGUGAAGCAUAUUUUAGGUCUCAUUUACGAGGAGACUCGCGGGGUGCUGAAAGUGUUUCUGGAGAACCUGAUCCACGAUGCCGUUACUUACACCGAGCAUGUGAAGCGGAAGACUGUGACUGCUAUGGACGUUGUCUAUGCGUUGAAGCGCCAGGGUCGUACUCUGUACGGAUUUGGAGGCUAAGCUGUGCCAGUAAUUCUCUUCGAAAAGCAAAAAUAAAGAGAAGAGCUGAGCUUGAAGGGAUGUACUGGGACAAGAAGUCUGGGAGAUAGAGGCGGGAACUGGGCCUGUGACCAAGGGUGGGAAGGACAUUGGAAGUGGCUGGGACAGGAGAUUGGGUGUGGACCAGUACGUGUAUGUGGGAAGAGACAGGGAUUAAGAAUCAAGGCUGAGCAGAGAGAGAGACAGGGUGUAAGGUAAAACUGGUACUGGUUGGGUAAAGAAAUUGGGGCAAGAAGCCAGGAGGAUGACACUAGGACUAAGAGCCAGUGGAGACAGAGAACAUGGGUGGGUGUGGGGUCUUGGUGACUGGAAGCCAGGAUCGGGGAGAGAAACAUUGGCUAAGGAGAUGUGCGGAGUAGAAGUGAUAUUGGAUGGAGAAGGAGACUGGGGUGGGGAGUACAGGGGGGUUAGAGUAGGACUGACUGGGCAAGGCGAUUGAAACUGGAAUGAGAAUCCUGAGGAAUGGAGAUUGACUUUGGGUAGGCUAGAAGAAUGGGACUAGGAUAAGGAGCCUGGGGUAGAGAAGAGACAGAACUAGGACAAGGAUAGUUGAAGGAGCAGAGGAGAAGGGCUCACACAUGGGGAGGAAUGGGCAAAAGAGUCCAUGCUUGCACUCCCCUCCAGAGCCCGGAACAAAACCUAGGUUUCCUGAGUUCAUCAUUCCUCUGCUGUCAGCAAAUCGGAGUGAAACACACCGGCAAAGUGUCUCCUCCCCCUCUAGCAUAAAAGAUUACAA